AUGGGGGACCAGGCUGGGCACCUGAACUCAGACUGGGAUGCCAGGACAGCUUCCAGACUGAGGGGCUCCCCAGGGCUGAGAGCACGGGGCAGGGUGGCCAUUAGAACCACGAGAGGGAGAAUCUGGAAGGACCGGGGAGGGAAACGCCAGCCGCAGGGGCGCACGACGAGGUUAGGAAGACCCAGAAACCCAGAGAUCCGGUCAAACGGUCUCCGUGUAGGAGAGUGGAGGGAAGGAAGGGCCAGGUGUCUCACGCCAAAGGGGAGAGGGCAGAGGGCAGAGGGCAGAGGGGAGAGGGGAGAGGGGAGAGGGGAGAGGGCAGGGGUCCUCAGUGCCAUUUCCAAGACGUGUCCAUUACCCAAGUCCCCUGUCAGGACCGCGGGAGUCGGAGGAGCGCUGUGGACCCCGCUUUGGCCGCGUGGGGGCAGUUCUGGGGACCGUGGUGGUGCCUCUGGGGCAGGUCAGGCACAACCUCCACACGCCCAUGCCCGCCCCCGCAGCGUGUCGCAGGCACCCCCAGAGCCCGAAGGCCGGGCGGAGCCAACCGUCCACGUCUCCGGGCUACACUCUGUCCCCACUGGAGGUGGGCGUGGGCGCGCGUGUAGGGUGUGUGCAGGGCGCACGGAGACCUGCAGCCCACCCACCCCUCCAUCAGAGUCGGCGAGCUGGGCCGGCGGGAAUCGAUGCGUAGACGCAGCCGAGGCGUGCACGGAAGACGCGCGGUGCCAGCAACUGCGCGCCGAGUACGUGGCGCAGUGCCUGAGUCGGGCCGCGCGGGGAGGCUGCCCCCGCACCCGCUGCCGCCGCGCCUUGCGCCGCUUCUUCGCCCGCGGGCCGCCCGCGCUCACCCUCGCGCUGCUCUUCUGCCCAUGCGCUGGCCCCUCAUGCGCCGAGCGUCGGCGCCAGACCUUCGUGCCCACCUGCGCCUUCUCGGGGCCGGGCGCGGAACCGCCCUCCUGCCUCGUGCCCUUGGACACCUGCGAGCAGAGCCGGGUCUGCAGGCCCCGCCUCCUGGCCUUCCAGGCCUCCUGCGCCCCGGUGCCCCGCGCCCUCGACGGCUGCCCGCGCGACCAGGGCGUCCGCUGCCUGCGCGCCUAUGCCGGCCUCGUGGGCACCGCAGUCACCCCCAACUACGUGGACAACGCGAGCGCACGAGUGGCGCCCUGGUGCGACUGCGGAGCCAGCGGAAACCGACGUGAGGAAUGCGAAGCCUUCCGAGGGCUCUUCACGAGGAACCGCUGCCUGGAUGGUGCCAUCCAGGACUUUGACAGCGUGUGGUCUCCAGUCCUGCAGAGACAGCUGGACUCCCACCGGGACGCCAAGCCCAGCCUCAUGCAGGUGCCCUCCGCAGAGGGGAUGCUGGAGGGGAGCCUCCUGCCUGUCGUACUUCCUGUCCUGGCUCUUCAAGACCUGCUCUGACUAGGACGGCAACCCCUGGACAGUGCAGCCGACUGUCCCACCCGUCCUGCAGUCCAGGGCCAUGUCUGUGGCCUACUGCCCCAGCGGGAAGGGACUGGCUUUCCUCCCAAGCUGGCCCCAGUGCUCUUGCCCUGCUUUGCUGCCCUCUGCAGGUCUGGGCUCCUUGCGUGCCCAUUCGUGGAGCAAGGCACGGAAGCUGGGGGCCUGACUGUGAAGCCCCAGGCUUCCCCCUCAGUGGCAUCUUGGUCCUUUCCUGCACAGACCUAGAGAGAGUUGGAGUCUCCACAGCACAGAGACAGCAGAGAGGAGCCCCAGAUCUAGAGGUCAGGGACGAUCCAGGCUCCCAGAAUCCUAGAAAACUGGAUCAGCCUCCCAGUUGGAUACACCUUCGGGAGUGCAUCUGAGCGGACUGGGAGGCAGGGCUCCAUCCAACACCGCAGCCCUCCCAGCUCGGCAUCCCCAUUCCAGCCCCUGGGCCCGGGACUGGUAAUGCCAGGUGCUUCCCGUCCGUGCUAGGUUGCUGGUGGGCACCACCUGGAAUGAUGAGAACCCAGGCCCCUCCCUGCCCCCGGCAGUGACUGGCCACAUGGCCAUCUGUCCCAUGGUUCACCCCAGUAUGGCACACGGCAUUCAAUAAACCCAUGAGCAUUGAGACU